GUGCUCCGGUGCAAACGUGUUUUGUUUCUGUUCCCGGCUGUUGCUGUUGCUUGGCAGUAUUUUUGUCAAGACGUUUCUUGCUAAACUGUUUGGACUUCAGAGACAAAGACCGGCUUUUGUGAACACAACACCACGAAGCGGGAAAAGUUGUUAAAACAAAUAUGCGCUUGAAGUGAUUUGCCCUUUUGAAUUUGAAUUUCUGUCGUAAUUAAAUGUUUUGGAUCCAUUCAUUCCAUCGGGUGGCUGCGUAACGAGGCCUGAAAAACAAUCGGGAAAUUUGAUACCCAGUCCGGUGGGUCGGAUUGCUGCGGCGCUUUUGUGACCUGUGGUAUUUCCACUUUUUUUACUUUUGUUUAUUGUUCGAUGAAUGAGACGCACUGGUACAAGAGUGUAUAACCAAACUAAGCGAAGAUCUGUGCUGUGAUUUCGUGCGAAGUGGUUUUGUGCAUGAAGUAACAACAAAGCGUGAAAUGUGAGAACGCAUUUCUGCGGAAUUAAACCGUCGGUGCGAGACAAUCAACUAAAUAAAGUCCCUCCGCAACAUUGGUGGAUGAAAUAAUGCUGUUCGGUGGUUUUUCUUUUGAAUUCAAACAUCAGAAGUGAAAUAAUCAAAGGAAUAGCGACGGCGAGCGUAAAUUUUCAUUCCGAAAUCGAAAAAAAAGAAGAAAUAAUCCUCUCCUGCGGUUCGUCGUGCUAAUUGAAGCUAACCACGAACUGUACAGAAAAAAAACAAAACCAACAGGAAGCAUCGGCCAUUCUAAUGCUUUCACCUCACUGGCCAGGCAAAUGGUGAAGUGCGGAUCGUCCACGUGAUUGAGUGGUUCUGAUUUUGCAGGAUCACGAACGAAUCGAAGGGUGAUUGAUACGAGCGGAAACUGACAUUCACAGCCACAGUAAAAGUAAAAAGCACAAUUCACGCAGGAUUCGUGCAAACAGUUUUAAUCCCUCGCAAAGUGGAUUACAGUCUUACAACAAAAUGGAACGUUUUGUUUGUUGCUGAUUCUGCCACGGCACUCUCGAAAAGGAAGAAGGUCAAAACACUCGAACCUUAUCACAGAUUCAAACCGCAUCCGCUCGUUUCAACAGGCGUUUUUUUUUCUUCUGAUUGUUGUACAUCUUGUUUCGAUCAACACUCGACUCGCCAUCAGCCGCUCAGCCGUGAAAAAAGAGUGUGUGCGUGUGUGCAUGCUUGUUGGGAUAAUCCAUCCAUCCGGAAAACCCAGAUGCGUGUCACUUUCCAGCCUACGGAAGCUGGUAGGACAAAUUUACCAUCGUCGCCUACCCCUUCCUGUAGGUUCUAUUGCGAGACGGGGAAAGUGGAGAGAAGAAUGUAGAAUGAAAAUUCCAAGCUCGAGGCACAAUUACACUGUCCACUGUUGCUGUCACCAUCCCGAGUCCGCCAAAACCUUCACCAAGUUGGUGAACGCAAUAUGCACGUCGGGACGCUGGGUGGGGGAGGCUCCAUCGGGGCCGGAAAAAUACUACUCUGCUGCGUACACAUUCUGUUUGUGCUGAUCAACGAUGCACUGGUGUGUGGCCUGCGCAAGGGUCGUCUCAUGGUUCCCGCGAGCUACGUAGCCCAAACGGACGAUCUGGAUAUUCAGCUGCAGAUGGACGCAACCGAACUGAUGGUGUACGGAGAACCACCUCCGACGGAUUUGAAGCUGCAAAUCUCUCUCGUUAAGGCAAUGGGCGGAACGAUGAUUUCACUGUUGGAUAUCAAACCGGACGUGAAUCACAACGUGACCCAGAUAAAGGUACCCUGCAGCUAUUUCCUGCACGGAGGGAUGUACGAACUUAGUGUGGAAAAUCCAGCUGGCACCAUGGGAAUGGAAUUCGAUGAGCGAUUGCGACAACAGUUGAACGUGAGUUGGCCUACGCCAACUGUCAGUAUAGUGCCUGGUACGAUCAGUACUUAUCCGGAGGAAGUUGUCCGGGGAACGUUGCAGUUCCCCGAUGUACGCUGUUCCAGUUCGGUCCCAGUCAAUGACGAAUCGGUGGAUGUGCCCGAAUUUUGGCUCGAACUGGUCUACUGCGGCCGUAACGAAGCGUGUCCGCUGGAAGCGGUCUCCAAACCUCAAAUACUGUUCUCGGAACAGGUUCGGGGUUUUCCUAGCUUAAGAGUGAUUAAUUUUCGCUGUGAUCUAUUCGGACUAGCCGGAUACUAUCUGUUACAUUUGCGUUCAUCUAACGAGGAUCCUACACUAACAAGGAUUCUGAGCGGAGCGAGAGCCCUUCUGAAGGCUGAUUGGAGUAAACAGUACGUUUUUACCGUUCAUACUAGAAGCAUAUUUCCCUGCGAUGUCCAUGGCUCUGGAAUUCGUGUUUUAUUCCAGUACCCAUCCUGUAUCCUCAAUCAGUCGGACCGCGUAAGGGUGUAUGCAAAGCUCCGGGCGGACGUAUUAUCGCUAGUGCCUCCCACCUCGUUGCACUACAUUUCCGAGCAACGGGUUAUGAAAGGGCAACAUGCUCUGUAUUUUGAGUGUGACCUAUUCUACGAGAAAUACAUCGAGUACUGCUUUGUCUACGUGAGUCAGGCAAUUUCCGGCGCCGUUGCUGAUAUACGGAUGGAUUGUGUGCCAACCCUUCCGGUUUCCCCUUCCGAUUCCGGUGGCUGGGGACCAUGGAGUAACUGGACACACUGCUCAACCACAUGCCGCGGUGGGGUACGGAAUCGAUACCGGUUCUGCGAUUCUCCGCCUCCUCGGUAUGGUGCAAAGUUUUGUGAGGGCUCAUCUGUGCAAACCGAACGUUGCGGAACACCGAGUUCGUUCGACUCGUGGGAAUGCAUGUUCAGCCCGGCACCUGGUGCAACCCUACCAGCACAGAUAGGCGACGUCAGCACAGAGAUCGGUCCGGCUUGUCGUUGUGGUUGUGUAAUUCACCUUGGAGUGGUGAAGCCAAGACGAAUUAUCGCAUCUUCUUCGGAAAGCUGCCCGGAACGAAGCCUAUGGUUGGUACAGGGAGACGAAGGACAUCGGAUACGAUUCACUAUGGAUUUCAGUAAGUUUCCUUGCGACCAGCAGUGGUUGAAGGUACGCGACGGCGAUAAGCUUUCCCACGACUUGAUUCUGGAGUACGCUUCAGGUCACAUUGAGUCAGGCAAGAGUGCAGAAUCUACCGGCCCACUGCUGUUGGUCGAGUUCUACACGAAGAAAAUGGAACACUAUGAUGAGAACUGCAUUGCCGGAUUCCUAGCCCAAGCUGAGCAAAUAAAAAUUCAAUAUCUACCGACAAACGUGUCAGUUUCUAUGGCUAGCCAGUUUAUCAUGCCUUUCGUUCAGUCCUUCAGCUACGUAAACCUGUCCGUGGUUCACAUCUGUGCAAUAGUAUUUAUAAGCUUCGUUAUCGUCAUCAGCUUCCUUUUGCUGGUUCAGUACGUAUUUCGCUAUCGGAAAUACGAACUGGCUACUAGCCGCAGUGGAGAGAUUGAUUCUCCAGCUCAUACACUUUUCGGAUCCGGAAACUCACUGAAUAACGCACAACAGCCUCGAUCCCGUGCAGUGUCUACAACCACGUUAAUAUCAGAAAUUGUCUCUUACGUUAAGCUUCGUCCCAGAAAUGGUUCCAUCAAGCAUCACCGUUUCAGAGAGAGUGUAGAAUACACCAUAGAAAACACCGAUAUUCCCUCCGAUGGAAGCUCUGAAGUUGUUGCGAAAGAGUCGGUCCCUGAAAAAGGAGAUGAGUUUCCGCUUCAGAAACUAAACAACCUAGACAAGCCGAAUGAAAGUGAGUGUAGCUCGCCAACAGAAAUCGUGGAACAAUUUUCGGAUGAUCAGUCAACCAAUGCCGGCUCGACUUAUUCUACAUUGAACCGAGAAGAUACCCCUUUGGUGACUCGAAAGAAAACACCCGAGCAUAGCAAUGAGACAAAAAGUGAAGGUGAUAGGUCUCCGAAUGAGAAGGUCUCGAUUCCAACCAGUACCAGUACAGUGACGCUAACCAACAUAAGCCCAUCGGAUCUAGAGUGUUCAUCGCCUGCUUCGAGCACGGCUAAUACCAUCAGCAACCGCACUCGUAAUCUGAAGGAAAGUAAAGAGAAGAAAAAUCUGCAGAAGUUACUCGCGGGAUCAGAUUUUUCACUUGGCCACCCUGAAGACAUGGAAAUGGAUUACUACGAUUAUAAUGUCACAAACGCCGGUGCUGCACCCGGAUCGUACCUCGGCAUGGAUCCUGCUUUUUUAGUAUGGAUUCCUCCACUCAACGAUGAAGACAUCACCGAGGAGAUGGACCUGGAACGGGUGAACAGUAACGAAGAAAUAUCUUCCGAACCGCGAAGUAGCAACACAACACCAAAUGAAGAAAUCGUUCGAAUAUUGCAGCAAAAACGCGAUGACUACUUGAUCGUCAAUAGCAUCUCGAAAAGUGACAUCUACACGGAAAGUGAACAAUCAUCGGAUAACCGUUCCGUUCGUGAACCGACGAUAGCUGGCAGACGGAAUUAUCUGCAGGAACUAGCAAUAAGUAACGCUCAGCGCAAAGUGAGCUCCCCUGCGGAAGAUUCUACCGAGGAGAAAGAAAAGGAGACAUCCUUUACGAAGUCACCGGUAGAUAAUAAGCAAAUCUCGGACUUUUACGAAAUGGCAGACAUCCAAUUUGCCGAUGAUGAAGAUUCAGCAGAAGAACUACGGGACGAGGGAAGGUCGCACACACGAAAGACAACCGUUGCGGAUGCAAAACUGACCAAAGUGUGAAAUGUACAAUAUUGGGCAUAUCUGUAGAAGAGAUCUUCAUAGAACGCUAGAUUUAGAAAUCAGAAUCCACAUUUAAAUGGGACCUCUUUCUAGUCAGGUAUUUUUUCUUCCCCCGGAUAGAAUAGAUGUUAUUGAAUAUUUACACAACGUAAUAAGGUAUAGGCAUGGUUGUAUACUCAAUCUGAUUAAUUUAUAUCUAUGGAAGAGAAUACAUUGGAUUCGAUCAUGAAAGUUGUACUGAUAAACGAACUGCAAUUAUAGUGGUCUAUACUUGUUGUGAAUAUUAAUGCAAUCAUAAAAAAAAUUAUCACUAUAGCGAGCCGCGUUGCCAGAUUUGUCUGGCAAAUGCCAGAUUUUUCUCGUUUCGCCGGACACUCAAACUAACCAGAUCUUUUGCUAGAUUUUCCAAAUUUUCCCAGAUUUUCCUAGAUUUUGUCAGAUCUCGCUUGAUCUUUACGGUUUUGGCCUCUAUACGAUAGGUGAGGAGACCUUUUUUUCUUUUUUUUUUUUGCUCACUGAAAAUGAAGUCUCUCAAAAAUUUCCUUGUAUAUAGUAGACCCAGACAAAUCCAGAUAAAUUUUUGAGUUUUGACAGAUUUUUGAAAAAAUAACCUGGCAACUCUGAUAGCGAGGAAAAGGUGUAUAACUUUUGACACAAUGUAAAAUGAAUUGGUGAUCACAUUUUUCUGUGUUCGAGUGCGGUUGUCACUCAAUUUAAAAAAGAAAAGAAAAAGCGAGGAAGAAAAAAGUAGACAUUUGUCGUUGCUGAAUCCGUCGAUUCGCGUCCAGUUACGAUUACUGGCACAAGGUUUGAUUUAUUUUUAUUAUGAUACAAAUACUUGAACAUUUAUAAGUUAGGACUACAAAAAUACUCGAAAACAUACUCCCAAUCCCAUUUCUCACCAGUGGGUGCUCUCGGUGUCACUGAUAGCGUACUAUUGCAGUAGGGUCCCUAGAUGUGUACGCUUAAUUUUACAAUUUAGCUACAAAUUUUACUGAACGAAGUUCUCUAAAAAGUAUGAAAAAAAAAACACCUGAACUGUUCCUGACAAAUUGUGUUGGAAGAUAUGCCUUACUUUCUAUUACUCUAUUUUACAUACUUGGUAAGUUCAGUAUGUUUGCUCUAUACAGCAGAAAUUAUUCUCAAACGCUACCGAAAAUUGUAUACUAUGCAGAGAACGAUAGUAUUGUUUUCUAUAAAAUACGUUUUCUUUGCAAAUCUCCAAUAAAUCAGAUAUUGGAAAUCUAACGCCCGUUAAGCGUGUACACAGUUUUAUCCCUGUGUCGUUCUCUGUAUCUUGUGUUUCUCCAAUUGCAUCCUCGUCGUACAACUGCUUUCAACUAUCGAUAACUGAGCGUUCGUGGUAUCGAUGACGAGUUUCGCCUUCCGCGGUAGGUAGCUAUAUCGUAAGUCGUGUGGGCAGUGUACGUUGAUGAUGCUGUAAUUGAAGAAAACGACUAUUAAUCUACAAUACACACAAUUCUAUCGGUUUCCAUCCGAUCACGUGUUAGCGCAUUAUAUCCAGCGUACCGCUUGUGACCAUAUUCUCCACAACCAUAAUACUUUUCCGCAAAUUUUGUUUUCUGUUUACGAAAACCUUUUUUAUGAUUUCCUCAUCGCCAAUACAGUUCCACCAGAUCGAUUUGAGACCGUGUUUAGGGAAACUUAUUUGUUUGGUCACUAAAUCAUUGAUGGAGGGUGCAAAUUUUUUAAGGUACACCACUGUUUCUUUGUAAACGUUGCCUCCGGGAACUGCCACAUCGCUUUGGUAUGGUAGUUUUAUCCCGCACAUAUUUCAAGCGACUAACCGCAAUGAACGAUACCAGCAAAGCCUUUGCUUUUUCGUCGAGUUCUUUAGGCGCUUUCAUCGUCGCUUCAGCGGCCGUUUCUGCAUGUGUUUCCGGAAUUUUCCGUAAUCGAUGACUUAACUUAAAUCGUUAAGCGCUACUUGCGAGGCAUGUUUUUAUAUUGUGCCGAAGCGCAAUAUUUUUCCUGACGUCCUGAAGGAAACGUCAUGUUCCUUCAAUUUGGAAUUCAGCAGAUAGGAUGAAUAAAUACCAAUUUUUAAAAUACAAAACAUAGAUGACGCACACGUUUUGGAUAAGUACAAUGAUCGAUUUCAACAUAAAUCGAAUAUCGAAUAGGCUGACGGAGGUAUUGUGGCCACUCAAUGUGACUGAUCAAAUCAAAGAUUAGUGACAAAACUUUUUUUGGGAACUCUAGUUAACUCGCACAAGCUCCGCCUCUUACGCUUUUAAGGUUACACAACAGUUAUAAUGCAGGUUCCUAAGGCUUCAACUUGUUCCAUGAAUUUGUAGGCUUGGUAGGUCAUCAUCGAGAAUGGGACGAAUAGUUUCGUUUUCAGGCCACAACUGCAAAUCGUUUACCAAAUCAUGGCCUUAUGCGCGAACUUAUCGGCAAACACGAACUUCAAUCUCCCCGACACGCGUUCUCCGCGGUAUUUCUGAACGCGAUCGACUACUUUGGUCAAACUUGAACCAGUUGUUCUCUAGAGAAAAGUAAAUAAACUAAUUUCAAAGAUUUUCGAUUCCCAAUACUAGUACCAGCGGCGCUCGAUGAGUGUACUAAUUUACUUUUAGUCCGUCUUUAAGGGAAAAUUUAAAAUCUUUAGAAAACGACCAUUGUUGCGAAACGCAGUUUUCUUCGCUGCCGCUUAGUGAAAAUUCCAAAGGGAAAUAUCAGUUUGUUUGGUACAUUUUUCUAAACAAACUGGAGUUUUGUUCUUGAAAAUUUAUCAAGUCGUAACGGAGGAAACUGCUUUUGCGUUAUUCAAUAAUGGUUGUUUUCCUGAGAUGGUAAGUAGAACCUUAACGCUGAACAAACCCGCAUUUUUAUGGUCAGGAGUUUUAUAGCUCUUCUAGAUGGCUUUUCAUCACUGUGCUCGACAAAGUUAAUUGGAAAUAUUUUAAAUUCUCACAUCUCUGGUGAAAGUAGUGGAACCGAGCAGUAAUCCAUUACGGCGAAAUUUAAAACAGUUCUGAUGGUUAAGCUCGUCUGGUUUUGUAGGAUGUCUAACGCUCGUAUCCGUACUGUAUGUUAAAGUAUUGUACUGUAUUUUCGACAUAAAUACAGUGCACUGUUUUUUACCCUCAAACAGAGAUGGCAUAUCACUAGAGUGAUACACCAGGGCGUAGGUUUCAAUUAUACACUGCGGAUACAUUUGCUCCGCUCCACACAAAGAGGAAAGCGCACUUCUUCUCAGUGUCCAGACAGACAGACUUUGAGUACGUGCUUGUGUGUUUUUUUAAAUAACUAUUUAUUGGAAUAUGAGUUAAAAUUAAAUUAUUAAGAUUUAAAUUGGGUGUUCAGUCA